AUGUACGGUGCUGUUUUCAGGCCCAACCCCGAAGAGCGACGAGCCUUUCGUCGCUGCGGAGGGCUAAGCCUGGAAAAUAUCCUGAAGGGAGCACAAACGGAUGAUAUAUCGGAAAGACAAUUUGAGGAAAAUGCGGCUGGAAGUCGGAGAAGAGGCAAGCCAUCUGAUGCAUCUGAUCUGGGGAAACGACGGCCAACAGGUGAUGAUCUCGAGAUCGUUCAUCAAACAUCUGGCUGGUACAUCAGAAGGCGCGUGCGUGCCAUGGUCGCGAAAGGGUCCAUGUCAACUCGAUUCACUGGUCAACGAUGCUCGUUCGUCGAUUAA